CUUUAGGGUUGCUGUCAUCCGGUAUUCCAUUGUUUGUUCUGCGUUCUAAUGUCGUUCUUUGAUGUAGAUCUGAGUUCCAUAGACCAUGAGUGCCUGAUUGGUUCCUUGACUCGUUCAGAAUUGGAACAAUUGGCUGCCAAAUACAAUGUAAAGGAUUAUAAGAAGCUGAGGAUGGCUCAGCUUGUUGAUGUGUUACUCAAGAAGGCCUCCGUCUCACCACUUGGACUCUUCGUCGGCAAACCAAUUGAACCGGAAUCCCAUUUCAAAAGGCAGAUUACUCGUAUUCUAGGCACAUGUUGGUCUCCUAAAGUUUCUCGCAUGCGACUGUUGGCCGGUACCAUUUGGUUGGCUUCCAUUGGCUCUGACACAUCCUCAUCUGGUCCUCUGCGUGUGAAAUCUGUUGAAGCAUAUUUGAAGACUGAGCUGUACGUCUUCCAUCUCAUCUAUGUUUUUUUCGCUACAUUAAUAUCAAUCUUUUUGGGAUUAGUCAAAACCAUUCGCCUGUAG